GAGGAGUCCCUGAAGGCAGCAUUGCCUAGCAACAACGUAGUUUAGUUGUUAGACAUGAGUUGCUUGGCUUUAGCCAACUUUCUGUGACACAAUGCCCAAAAAGAAGGAUAAGAAAAGCGGCGACAAACAAGAUGAAGCCAAGAAAACAUCGAAAAAGGAAAGUUCUGCAGCCCCUGCAAAUAAAACCGGGUCUGACGACAAAGAGAAGGAUUUAUAUCUGACUCAAAUACGAUAUUUGAACGAGCAGUUGGAGAGAUAUCAGCCGAAAUGUGAUCAACUGGAGAGGCAGAAGAAGGACUUAAACUUUCAGUACAGUGCACUGGAGAAGGAGAAAAAGGAUAUUGUUGAGUAUCUGAAACGCUCCCUGAUGAAAAAGGAGGACGAGGUGGAUGAGCUGACAGAGCUUCUGGAGAGUCAGCGGCAGGCUGCCGAUAAUGACAGAGACUCUCUGCAGCUGCAGCACAGUCUGCUGAGGCAAGAGCUUCAAGACCGGAUUGAAGAACUCAACGCAGAAAACACGACCCUCGUGAUGAGGCUGGCUAAUCUGGAGGAGUUUCAGAAGCAGAAGGAGCAGCUGGCGUCCAACAUGGAGUCUCUGGAGAAGCAGCUGGCCAAUCAGAACGAGGAACACAAAGCUGCUAUCCACAGCCUGGAGAUGAAAGCACUGCUGGAAAAGAAGAGGUUAGAGAAGGAGAUGGAGAGCCAUGUGGCGGCCAUGGCGGCAGAGGUACAGCACCUGGUGGACCAGAAGGUCCCAGAGACGACCAGGUUGGCCCUUCAGGAGAACUCGGAGGUCAAGGCUCAGAUCAGCCAGCUGUCAGAGCAGACACAUGUCCUGAUGGAGGAGAACUCGGCCCUGCGGGACCGUAAGAGUCGGCUCAGUGUGGACGUGGAUAUCCUGGAGCAAAUGCUCAGCGAGACGUCCCGCAAGAGUUGCAUCCGCAAGAAGGUGGUGGAGCAGCUUACAGAAAAGUGUCAGCAGCUGAAGGCGGAGCUGAACGACUGUAAGCGAGAACUCGAGCAGCUUCAGACCAAACACACAGGAGUCCUGGCUGAGAUGGAGGCGCUCAGACGGGACCAGACCUCGCUGUCCGAGCAGUGCAGUAAAAACAGAGCCAAGGUGAGCGGGCAGGAGGCCGAGCUACAGCAGGAGAGGAAGAGGAGGAGCAGGAUGAAGAGCAUCAUGCAGGAGGCAGCCAUCGCUCUCAGACAAGCCCUGAUGGAUGCUCCCACAGACCCGGGCUCGGAGGUGGACUCUGUUGUCCGGUGGAAGCAGCUGAUGGAGAAGCUGCUGGUGGUCCUGGGCCGGCCCACACCCACCAACACCACCGCUGAGAAAGACCAGCUGGAUGAGCAGCAGACCUCUGACCCUGCAGCAGCCAGAGAAGUGACCCUGAAUCCAGCUUUGAGUUUUCAGUUCGAGCUGGCCCGCUACAGGCCGGGUGACCUAGGCCUCGUACCCCGUCCCGCACUGAAACACAAACUCUCCAGGAUGGGAGCAGCUGGGUCCAGCAGCACCCACGUGCCUCUGCACAGGAAGCCCUCCAGUCAGAAAACAGCCAGCUCCAAUAACCGGACUGAUUCAGCUGCCGGAAACUUAUUCUCUAAACCCAAAUAACAGCAACAAACUAGAUUCCUAUUCUUGUUGGGAGAAAACCCUUCAUACAGUAUCUCCAAAAUACAGAGGAGCCAGUCUGUUGCUAUUUCUACCUUCAGCCCUUUACAAAUUACUCAAAUUCAUAUUUCUUAGAAAUGUGUUUUGUGUUGUGCCAGAAGGAACAAAUUAUGAGUAUUUUUAAUGGAGCAACCAAGGGUUUGUUUAAGUCCCUAUUAAUUCAGCUUUUCAUUAAUCAAAAAAUGAAUGUGCCAUUUCUUUAGUCAAAAGGUCAGUGUCUCACUUACUUUAAUGAUGUUUCCAAAUCCUCAAUGUCUCACUACAAAAUGAUAGUUUAGGUUCAGCGAUCAUGAUUUCCUGACAAAACAGCUGACCGUUACUGUGUGCUCCUGUAUGAGCAGCCAACAGUGGUGGAAGAAGCAGGCUACUCAGAUCUACAGUAAGUAAAAGCAUUAAAAAGUUUACUUUAGUAAAAGUACAAAAGUAUUAGCAUCAAUAUAUUUUUAAAUUACAAAAAGUAAAAGUACUCAUUACGCAGAAUGGCCCAUUUCAGAAUCAUAUACAUUAUAUUAUUGGAUAAUAAUUAUUGAUGCAUUCAUGUGUUCAUCACUAAUGUUGCAGCUGGGAAAGGUGGGGUUAAUUUAAAUGACUUUAUAUACUGCUGGGUAGCUUGUGAAUUCCCACCCGGGGAUUAUCUUAAUCUAUGCAUUAUUCAUCUGAAUCUGUAAAGCAACUAGUAACUACAGUUGUGCCAAAAAGAGAGGUUAUUACCAUGUUAUCGUUGUCUUUUGAAUUAACAAAAGGUCAAAAUAUUGAUUUAGUUUCAGGUCAUUCUGCUUUGACUUAUGUUUUGAGUCUGUGUUUGUCUUCUUUUGCUUCACAUUUGUAUUUUAGGCAUUUGUUUUACACAUGAUGUGUUUAUGUAUGUUGAUGAAAUGUUAUGUUUUGCAUUUCAUUGUUUCUGAUCAUCACUUAAGAUUAAGUGGGCAUGUCAUAAUGCUCUGUGUUUUCAUUACAGUCAUCUGAGAUGUGUUUAAUGUAA